AUGUCCGCUUGGAUACUUGUAGCGGUGUUGGCUGUGGCCUGUGGGGUGUCUGCUCAGACAGACACGGACAACAGAGCCAAAGUGUUCCUGCAGCGCUUCGACGAAGAGGCCACUGUACUCAUGUACCAGUACUCACUGGCAUCAUGGGCCUACAACACUAACAUCACCAAGGAGAACUCAGACGAAGUGUCAGAACAAGGGAGAAUCUGGGGCGACUUCUACAACAAGAUGUCAGAGGAGUCCAGGAAUUACCCCAUUGAGGAGAUCACCGAUCCAGAAAUCAAACUGCAGCUCAUCUCCCUCCAGGACAAAGGCUCUGGAGCUCUGUCCCAGGAUAAAGCCGCACAUUUGAGCAAGGUUAUGAGUGAGAUGAGUACAAUCUACAGCACAGCGACAGUGUGUCUGAUGGACGACCCCUUUAACUGCCAGACUUUGGAACCAGGUCUUGAACAUAUCAUGGCCAACAGCCGAAACUACGCGGAGCGCCUGCAUGUGUGGGAGGGCUGGAGGAGAGAGGUGGGGAAGAGGAUGAGGCCGAUGUAUGAAGACUACGUCGAUCUGAAGAAUGAGGCGGCCAAGCUCAACGGUUUCAGUGACUAUGGAGCAUACUGGAGAUAUAACUACGAGACCAUCGAGGAGGACCCUCUGUACAAGUACUCCAGAGAUCAGCUGAUGGAAGAUGUUCGUUCCAUAUACAAGCAAAUACUACCCCUGUACAAGGAGCUGCACGCCUAUGUGAGGGCCAGGCUUAUGGAGGUUUACCCGGGGCACAUUGAUCCACAAGGACCUCUGCCAGCUCACUUGCUGGGUGACAUGUGGGGAAGAUUCUGGACCAACCUGUACUCCCUGUCAAUCCCCUAUCCUCUGAAGCCAGAUAUUGAUGUCAGCAAAACUAUGGUUGAACAGGGCUGGGAUGAGAUUCGACUGUUCAAAGAAGCCGAGAAAUUCUUCAUGUCUGUGGACCUGUACAAGAUGUUUGAUAACUUCUGGAAUAAUUCCAUGCUCGUGAAGCCCACGGACGGUCGCAAGGUGGUGUGUCACCCUACAGCCUGGGACAUGGGAAACAGAGAGGACUUCAGGAUAAAAAUGUGCACCAAGGUCAACAUGGAUGACUUCCUGACAGUGCACCACGAGAUGGGUCACAACCAGUACCAGAUGGCUUACCGCAACCUGUCGUACCUCCUGAGGGACGGAGCUAAUGAGGGUUUCCAUGAGGCUGUUGGAGAAAUCAUGUCCCUCUCUGCGGCCACACCCAAACACCUGCAGGGCCUGGGACUCCUACCUCCCAGCUUUGUUUAUGAUAAGGAAACGGAAAUCAACUUCUUGCUGAAGCAGGCCCUCACCAUUGUAGCUACACUGCCGUUUACCUACAUGCUGGAGGAGUGGAGGUGGCAAGUCUUCAGUGGAAACAUCACCAAGGACGAGUGGAUGGAGCGCUGGUGGGAGAUGAAGAGGGAGCUGGUCGGGGUUGUGGAGCCAGUGCCAAGAGAUGAGACCUACUGCGACCCUCCAGCUCUCUUCCAUGUGUCUGGAGACUACUCUUUCAUCAGGUAUUUCACAAGAACCAUCUACCAGUUCCAGUUCCAAAAAGCCCUUUGCGAGGCAGCCAACCAUACAGACGCUUUGUUCAAGUGCGACAUCACUAACUCUAAGGAAGCAGGAACCAAACUGAGGAAAAUGCUCGAGCUGGGACGGUCCAAAUCCUGGACCAGGGCUUUGGAAAUGGUGUCCAAUGACGUUAAAAUGGAUGCUGGCCCACUGCUGGACUAUUUUAGAGACCUUUAUGAUUGGCUGGUGGCAAACAACAAGGAAAACAACAGGGCGGUGGGUUGGAAGACAACAGUAGACCCAUAUUCACAUCAUGCCAUCAAAGUGAGGCUUAGUUUGAAGGCUGCCAUGGGCGAUGAAGCUUAUCCCUGGAGUGCCAACGAGCUGUACCUAUUCAAGACCAACAUUGCGUAUGCCAUGCGGCAGUACUACAGCCAAAAGAACAUGACUGUUCACUUCACAUCGGAGAACGUUCUCACUUACCAUGAGACUCCCAGGAUCUCCUUCUACAUCAUGGUCACAGACCCGGCAAGUCCGUCUUUAUUUAUCCCGAAGGAAGAGCUGGAAGCCGCUAUACGGUCAUCUCGUGGUCGAAUCAACGACGCCUUCCAGCUGGAUGACCAGACGCUGGAGUUCAUAGGGAUGCCUGCAACACUGGCCCCGCCUGUGGAGCAGCCGGUUCCCGUGUGGCUGGUGUUAUUUGGCGUGAUCAUGGGAGUCGUAGUGCUCAUGGGCGUGUACCUCAUCGUCUCUGGCAUCAGAAUGCGCAAGAAGGAGUCUCAGAUGACAAGCAUGGAGAAUCCCUAUAAUGCACAGCCAGAGGGCGUGACCAAUGAUGCCUUUGUUAACGAGGAAGAACAAACUGGAUUUUAA